AUGCAAGCUUGGACCUCAGGGUAGAGAAUCAGCAGGCAUCCCUCCUGACCCCUGACAUGGAGCCUGACAUCUGUCUGACCCCUGAACAGCGAGAGGCAAAACUGCGACGAGUGGAACGAAUACGGGAAAGGGUCAUUAGGAGCCAGAGAGAGUGCUACUACACAGAAUCAAAUGCCAGUCAGGAGGGAGGAAGUUCAUCAGAUGCCACCUGACACAGUUAGAAAACAGAGGAUAAAACCAGACCAUGAAUCCAACGAUGGCUAUGGAAGCUGUGGGGAUAACACCAGAAGUCCCAUAGAGCUUCAACCUGCCGGACCAUCUCUUGAUGAAGAUGAAAGAAAAUGGCAUGUUAAAAAAUCUAAAACUCAGAUCAGAUUUGGGAACAAGACACAACAGAAAGACCACAGUGGAAGAGCAGGGGUUGCCAAAAAUAAAAUCAAACGCCCAGAUUCCCCCUAUCAUGUCUCAUCUAUGACUGUCUACCAAAAAGAUGAAGGCAAGGGCUUUUCAAGUUGCAAGGAUGGACAGGAGCAAGAACUCGAAGAAACUGUUGCUGAUGAAAAUGAUUUUCCAUCCUCGGAUCUUAGGGCCAAAUGGUUCCUCUCCACCAAUCAGUGGCAAGGGUUCAUGCCUUUGCAGAUCCCUGGCAUCGACUCAUUGGGCAAUGAGGAGAUUUUCGACAUGGAGAACCAACCAGCAAUCAUAGAUGACAAGACUGAUUCCAAUGAAAUGUUAUCCACAGUCAGUGAGAGCUUAGAGAAAAUGAAAGAAAACCACUCACUCUUUUACAAAAUUGCUUGUGACAUUAGUAUUUCGGACUCAGAUAUUACCAAGAAUGAUGGAAAUUCAAUCACCCAAACGUCUUCUAAGCCAGAAGAAGAAGAAAAACUACUUAUUAUGGAAUCUGUGCCAGGUGAAACGGUCGAUAAUGUUGUUGGUUCUACCAACCAAGAAAUCAAGGAUUCCAGCCUCCAUUUGCCAGCAGAUGUAGAUGAAAAUGGAAUGAAGGUUAACAACAAUCUCCAAGAUUUGAAAGAGGAAAGCCAGGACAAAGCAGUGUUAAAUACCUCAGCCAGUCCAACAAACGAAGCCCUUGUUAAUGAAGAACCCCCCAAAAAGAAGGUGAAGACACCUCAAGGCAAGAAAUCGAGCUGAAAGUUAGAGAAACUAUUGAAGGAGUUCCUGUUCAGGACACGGAUUCUAAUCAGGUCCUGGUUGAAAGUCUAAGGUCAAGAGAAGAACACAGUGGGUCAAAAGAGUCAGAAGUCAAGAAGAUGGACCAAGAGAGAUCUGAAGAGCCAAAGAAAUGUUUAAAUGAAGAGAGUGAAGAGACAAGCAACAACCACUCCAUCACUCCAUCCAGCUCUGUGUUUGAGGAGGGAAAAGUGAUUCGGAGUGCCUCUUUUGGGAAAGCACGUGUUACAAUAUUAAGGACGAGUUUGUAGAAGUAUGAGCAAAGUUGGCUUAAGGAGAUUAAAUGAACGAACUUGGGAAGGACAAGAACACAGUGAAGUAAUAUAUGGAAAAGGAUGAUGAUGAGAAGGACAUUAAGUGAUUGAAGGAAUUCAGACCUAACUUUGAAUUAGUAAUGGAAAGAAUGGGAACAUAAAAUGUCAGGAAAAUGUCAUUUUGUUGGUUUACUUGAACAUUUCCAUUAUUUGUAAUGUGAAGUUUGAAAUGGAUGCAGAUCAAAAAGAAUGUCUUAAACAUAUUUCAUGAAAUCAAAAAUUGUGUAUGCACCAAUACUUUAUUCAGUGUUGCAGUUAAAGUUUAACACUUUCAUUCCUUUUCAAACACAUAAAUUUAGCAACAUAACGCAGAAUUUAUACAUAAUUGCUGCGUGUGGAUGGCAACAUAACCCUGUAAUCGUCACUGUAACAAAAUGUGUUUUGUAUCUCA